AUAGAUUUAAUGUCUUUUUCCGGUUAUUUAAAUAAAAAUAUAUUUACUGGACAAUUUUGGAAUUAAAACUUUAGAUUUAGCUACUUAAAAUAUUAACCCAAACAGGGUAGAUUAAAUAGCAAAUUAGUCUUAUCAAUAAGUUCAGUGUAAUACUAUCGCACGGUUAAUACUUUAAUAGAUGGGUAUCAGUCUGGCGAUAACGUCCAAUAUGAAUACACGCCAUUGCGUUCACUCCAUUAACGGGUUUUCGACCAUUUCGUUCUAACGUAUAAUAUAAAAUAUUAUGGUUCGUUCCGUUAAAAGUCCGCCUCGCGCAUCUACGUCCUCCAAACGCAUAUUAUCAAACAGUUCUUUGUCUCCCCUUUACGAAGGAAAAAAGACAAAAACAUUUACUUCACCUAACGGUUACGCUGUUUUCUCCACAGUCGACAUCAGUGAUGACACCGUAUUUGAUGCAGCUCCAUCACCUUCCCGAGACGACACCGUCGUUCAUCAAUUUUACCCCACGGACCUGACAGACCUGGCGCCACCCUUCUAUAUAAGUAACAUCACCAACUUCUCCACAUUCAAUGAUACAUUAAUUAAGACCACCGCCCCCAACGGGUUUACGUAUAUGGGCUGAUAAUGAAGCCUACCCCUUAUUCAAAAACAUUUGAUGAACAAAUAAAGCUCUUUCUAGGUGGGAAAAAUGUUCAGAAAGCUACAGAUCAUACAGCUAACCUCAACUUCAUAUUAUACGGUAGUAUAAAAACUUACAAAAUAAUAAUUAGGAUAGUUAGGUACCUAUGACAAAAUUAAUUCGUAUAGCAAAAAACUUUUAAACAAUUAGUAAAUAUUAAAUUAAU